GUGAAAACCAUGAAUUUCAUACCCUUGAUUAUUUGAAAACCUACGGCCCCUGUAGAUUCAAAGUAUUUUCCGAGGGCUCCCUUGUUGAUGACUUUUCCAAACCAAAUUAGCUCCUUGGGUAUAUUUGGUUGUUGGACCUUGUUCUUCAGUUUCUGGCAUUUGGUAUCGGUUCUAAAGAGGAUAAGUUUCUCAGGGGGAAAGAAAAGAGAAUAUAUUCCAAACUUUCGGCCCACCUCCUACUUCACUUUCUUAAGGGCUUUUACACUUCACAAAAAGGCAGCGGUGUCUGAUUCCUCAUCCUACAAUUACAAUCGCAUCCCUCAUCUAGUUGGAGGAAAUCUCUACCCUUUUAAGCUGAAGGCAAAUGAAUAUGGGGGUACUAUAGUCAUCUAAAUGGUAACCCGGGAGAC